AUGAGGUUUGGAAAGAAGGGUAAGCUGAGCCCUAGGUACAUCGGUCCAUUUGAGAUUCUUGAUCGAAUUGGACCAGUGGCAUACAGAGUAGCCUUACCACCCGCACUCUCAGGUGUACAGAAUGUAUUUCACGUAUCUAUGCUGAGGAAGUAUGUACCCGACCCCACCCACGUUAUUGAUUACGAGCCUCUUCAAUUUCAGGAAGAUCUGACUUAUACAGAAGAUCGUGAAGCCUCUUGGGAAUUAGAAGAGGAAAUGCAAGUCAAGUACCCACAGUUGUUCGACGAUGAUCCUUAUAGCCCAUGA